AUGAGCAAGAACGAGUCCGCAGUACUCCCCUCUCCAAUCCCGUGGAUAUCACGCUCAGGGUCAAAGGGGAAUAAGGUCGAACAGGUGGCCGGCAUAAAAGGCAGUAGCAUCAUUCCCUCAACUCCCGCGUCCCCCACUUUGCCUUCCCCAAGGCAUCUUUCUCCUUUGCCGUCGUUCUCAUCCGACACGUCGAAGCCGAAGAUUAUCUACAAAAGCAAGGCCAGUCCGCCACCGCCGCCUCCACCCGACUACCUCAAACAUGAGCACGGAAAUCACGCAACAGCCAGAAGGCUCAAAGAGGAAUUGAAGAACUCAAGUAGGAGAGAAUGUCGGGAUGCCACCAACGACAUAACAAGUCCAAGGAUUGAGCAGGCCGAUAAUUGCGGGGAGGACGUUGCAGAGGCGUCUGGUGGUGCCACAAAAGAAACGUCAAACCAUGAAGCGGGAGGAGGGGAAGCGAAUGAGGUGGACAAGAAGGCGGAUGAGUUCAUAGCAAGAUUCAGAGAACAGAUCAGACUUCAGAGGAUCGAGUCGAUCAAGAGAUCCACCAAGCAGCGAAGUAACAAGAAGCAACAAGUCGUGUGAAGAAGGUGACUAGCAAUUUACACGCUUGUACAUAAAAGAAAGGAGCGAUUGCUAAAACAUCACAUCGAGCGCCGUCGAGGUAGCAGCAGCAACCCUUGAAGGAGGCGGCGGA